GACUAUUUCUGGAAACAGCUUUUCAGGCUCCAUUCCAGACGCAAUUAGCAACCUCAAGCAGCUACGGGAGUUAUGCCUUGGGGAGCAAAUGCUCUCAGGGCCCAUACCUGAGUCAAUUGGAGCUCUCACCAACCUGAAACUCAUAUGGCUGGAAGGCAACGGUCUGAGUGGCACCAUUCCGGCCUCCAUAGGCAACCUCUCCGCACUCACCACCCUGAAGCUCGUCCAAAACAAUCUCUCAGGCUCCAUUCCAGCGGCAGUCAGCAGCCUUAAGCAGCUGAGGGAGUUGAAACUCAACGACAACCGUCUUGCGGGGACGAUACCUGCUGCAAUCACCAUACUCACUAAUCUCUCAUACCUGCACCUUGACAACAACCAGCUUACGGGAGAGCUGCCCUCCUUCCGCCACAUCACCCAACUCACAUCGCUAGACAGGCUGUCUGUUGCCUACAACUACCUCACAGCCACAGCAGACGCCUUCCCGUUCAACACCACCAGCCCAGACCCAGACGACCCCUCAGGAGGCCACAGCUCGUGCGUAUUCACCCACAACUGCCUUGAGUGGGUCUACUGCGGCCAUGGGCUGAACCAGAGGCGUGACAGUGAGUGCCGGGCGUUCUGUGGGGUGCAAGUGCAGCCGCUCACAGAGCAGAGGCUGACCCCCCGGUGCAGCGGGCAUGGCAUGUGCUCCUUCGUGCCGGACCCGUCUCACGCCAUGUCUCCUUGUGAUGAAGAUGAGGAGUUUUGGCCAUCUUACUGUGAACCUGUGGGGCAGUGCACCUGUGAUGACGGGUACACGCCAGGGACUGCUGCUGGCACGUGCGUCUCUCACGAUACCCUGCCGGUGCCUCAAGGUAUGCUUGUGGAUUGA